CAGAGUUUCACAUCGACUCCCGCUCCUCGCAGAUUUUCGUCCCCACCAUGGCUGAGCUGAUCCAGAAAAAACUACAAGGGGAAGUGGAAAAGUAUCAACAGCUGCAAAAGGAUUUAAGUAAGUCCAUGUCAGGGCGACAGAAGCUUGAGGCACAACUGACAGAAAAUAACAUCGUAAAGGAGGAACUGGCCCUUUUGGAUGGGUCCAACGUGGUCUUUAAACUUUUGGGUCCUGUGCUGGUCAAACAGGAGCUGGGAGAGGCUCGAGCCACAGUGGGGAAGAGGCUGGACUAUAUUACAGCUGAAAUUAAGCGAUACGAAUCCCAGCUACAGGACCUAGAGCGGCAGUCAGAGCGGCAGAGGGAGAUACUUGCUCAACUGCAGCAGGAGUUCCAGAGGGCCCAGGCAGCAAAGGCAGGGGCUCCUGGCAAGGCCUGA